AUGGCCAGAGAUGACGUCGACAUGCAAGACGUCGCGUACGAUCCUGACCAGGACCCGGAGGCCACGCGUGAUAUCCGGAGAAAGUACAGGCGCGCCGUCCAACAGCUCACCGAAACGCAGGAUAUCAGCACCGACGAGGUGGCCGAUCAGCUACGCCAGGCGGACCUCCUCUUCAAAGAAGUGCAAGGGAUACAGGAGGCCACCAAUGACUCCAAUCUCCUCGUUCAGAUCUCCCAGAUCGGCGCCGCGAAGGCCCGCGCGAUGAAGUCCGGCUCGGGCGCGUUCGACACGGACGACUUCGUCGCCCGCCUCAUCACCUACAUGGGCGGGCGCAAGCCCACCUCGUCGGUCGACCUCGACGACGACGACGACGAGUACGGGGAAGCGUACGACGGCGCGGGGGGCGCGCCGCUCGACUGGGAGCGCAUCGGGCGGAGGGCGCUCGGGAAGAGCAGGCGGGUGCCGGCGAUGGACUUCAUGUGCGUGCUCUCGUGUUUGCUUCUGCUGCUGCUGCUGUCGCCGCGGCGGCGUAAGUUCGAGGUGGUUGACGUAGACCUGGGCUUGUGUUCUGGGGCGAAACGCGAAUGCGAUGUGGACGCGGACGCGGAUACGGACACGGACGACGGUGCAUAUGUGGAUCCCGGGGACAGGUUGGGGCCUUUGUCGAUCGAGCAGAAGAAGCGCACGGCGGCGAAGAGGGCGAAGCUGGAGAAGAACAAGGAGGAUCUGAAGAAGCCUCAGGAGAUCACGGAAGACGACAUUACGCGGUCCGGGAAUGAGACGACGAAGAACGUCGCUGCUCUCGAGCACAUCCUGAACAAGAUCGAGGGCACCGUGAACAUAUUCAAGUUCGUCAUCAACCCGCACGACUUUGGGCAGUCCGUGGAGAACCUGUUCUAUCUCUCCUUCCUCAUCCGAGACGGCAAGUGCGCCUUCUUCACGGACGAAGAUACCGGGGAACCCGUAAUCUUGCUGUGCGAGCAGCCGACGCAGAAAGACUACCAAGAAGGACUGGUGAAGCAUCAGCUCGUCAUGGAGUUCGACAUGAGCACAUGGAAGCGCGCGAUCGAGGUGUUCAACAUCACAGAACCCAUGAUUCCCCAGCGUCCCAAGUCGGAGAUGCGCAUAGGCCAGAAGUGGUAUGGCUGAAGGGCAAGGGUCCGCCAACCAUCCACUCCCUCCUCGUUCUGCCUCCCUAUUUAAACGGCGCGACGGUCGACGAUAUGACGUCAGGCAAUGCACGCGGGCGUGUGCGUAUGUGUGUAUGCUUGGAUGCCAGCCGCGGGUGUGUGUUUCUGCCUACAUGAUUGUAAUUUAGCGUAAUGUUAUGGUACAGCUCUUCUAUCUUCC